AUGAUGUUCCCUCCACCAGCCCCAACUCAUGAUGGCCCCACUUCACCAGUUCCAAACCAUGAUGUUCCCUCCACCAAAAAUCCCAGUAAGAAAUGUGAAAAUGUCCUGUUACCACUAGAUAAAGAUAUCCUGCAGCGCUCUUCUGGCGAAAACCUCAUUACCCUUAAUAUACAUCCAGGACUUCACAGUACAGAUCUAUCAUAUAAUUCUCCUAAUUAUGAGGAACCUUCUCUGGACCAAUCACAGAUUGUUACCGCAAGUACAAGUCAGAAUAAGAUUAAAAUGUUUCAUUGUGAUAAAGAAUACACAAACAGCUCAGGACUUUCUACACACCGAAGACGUCACAAAGGAGAGAAAAUGAAUUCAUGUUCAGAAUGUGGAAAAUGUUUCACAUGGAAAUCAAUUCUUGUUAAACAUCAGAGAUGUCACACAGGAGAGAAACCAUAUUCGUGUUCAGAAUGUGGGAAAUGUUUUACCCAGAAAGUAUGUCUUGUUAAACAUCAGAGAUGUCACACUGGAGAGAAGCCAUAUUCGUGUUCAGAAUGUGGGAAAUGCUUUAGAGAAAAAUCAUAUCUUGUUAUACAUGAGAGAAUUCACACAGGAGAGAAGCCAUAUUCGUGUUCAGAAUGUAGGAAAUGUUUUACAGUGAAAUCACAUCUUGUUAUACAUGAGAGAAUUCACACAGGAGAGAAGCCAUAUUCGUGUUCAGAAUGUGGGAAAUGUUUUACACGAAAAUCAGAUCUUGUUACACAUGAGAGAAUUCACACUGGGGAAAAGCCAUAUUCAUGUUCAGAAUGUGGGAAAUGUUUUAGACAGAAAUCCAAUCUUGUUACACAUGAGAGAGUUCACACUGGGGAAAAGCCGUAUUCAUGUUCAGAAUGUGGGAAAUGUUUUUCAGAUAAAUCAGGUCUUCUAAAACAUAAGAGGAAUCACAUAUGUAUGAAGCUGCAUUCAGAAUGAGAAAAAUGUUUCUAAAGCCAUAAUUAGGGGUCAUUAGUGAAGUCACACAA